CGCGACUUCCGGGAGAUCUGGGAAGUCGCUUUUCUCUCUGCAAGAGGCAGGGUAUUCUUGGUUCGCCGUCCUCUAGGCGGGUGUAGACCAGAGUCCUGCCGACGAGCGGAGUGGAGCAGGCGGCCGGGUCGGGACUCUGGUGCAGGCCUGAGGCGAGGGUCCCUGGAGCCUGCGGCUGCCCGGCCGGAGGUGGCCAUUCAUCCCUGAAGUGCAGCUGAGAAGCGAGGGCCCCUUCAGGGGCUCUUUCGAAGCCCGUGCCCAGGCCUGAAGGAGAGCUGCCCUGCUGCUGCCGCCGUCUCAGAGCGGAGGGUGACCCCCCUGCUCCCACCCGGCCGCCCAGGUGGCUUCUGCCAUGGCUUUUCCCCUUCGGCCGGACGCCCCAGAGCUGCCUGACUUCUCCAUGCUCAAGAGGCUGGCCCGAGACCAGCUCAUCUACCUGCUGGAGCAGCUUCCAGGGAAAAAGGACUUGUUCAUUGAGGCGGAUCUCAUGAGCCCUUUGGAUCGAAUUGCCAACGUCUCCAUCCUGAAGCAACAUGAAGUAGACAAGUUAUACAAGGUGGAGAACAAGCCAGCCCUCAGCUCCAGUGAACAGCUGUGCUUCUUGGUGAGACCACGCAUCAGGAACAUGCGCUACAUAGCCAAUCUUGUCAAUGCCGACAAACUGGCUGGCCGGACUCGGAAAUACAAAGUGAUCUUCAGUCCUCAGAAGUUUUAUGCAUGUGAGAUGGUGCUUGAGGAAGAGGGAAUCUAUGGAGACGUGAGCUGUGAUGAAUGGGCCUUCUCUUUGCUGCCUCUUGAUGUGGAUCUGCUGAGCAUGGAACUACCAGAAUUUUUCAGGGACUACUUCCUGGAAGGAGACCAGCGUUGGAUCAAUGCCGUGGCCCAGGCCCUGCACCUCCUGGGCGCUCUCUAUGGGCCCUUCCCUAACUGCUAUGGGAUCGGCAGAUGCGCCAGGAUGUCACGUGAAUUGUGGAGGAAACUGGAGGAUGAGGAGGAUGGCGAAACCAAGAGCCGAAGGCCAGAAAUUGGACAUAUCUUCCUCCUGGACAGAGAUGUGGACUUUGUGACAGCACUUUGCUCUCAGGUUGUUUACGAGGGCCUGGUGGACGACACUUUCCGCAUCAAGUGUGGGAGUGUCGACUUUGGCCCAGAAGUCACAUCCUCUGACAGGAGCCUGAAGGUGCUGCUCAAUGCUGGGGACAAGGUGUUUAAUGAGAUUCGGAACGAGCACUUCUCCAACGUCUUUGGCUUUUUGAGCCAGAAGGCCCGGAACUUGCAGGCCCAGUAUGACCGCCGGAGAGGCAUGGACAUCAAGCAGAUGAAGAACUUCGUGUCCCAGGAGCUCAAGGGACUGAAACAGGAGCACCGCCUGCUAAGUCUUCAUAUUGGGGCCUGUGAAUCCAUCAUGAAGAAGAAAACCAAGCAGGACUUCCAGGAACUCAUCAAGACUGAGCACGCGCUGCUAGAGGGCUUCAACAUCCGGGAGAGCACCAGCUACAUUGAGGAGCACAUAGACCGGCAGGUGUCACCCAUAGAAAGCCUUCGCCUCAUGUGCCUUUUGUCCAUCACUGAGAACGGUUUGAUUCCCAAGGACUAUCGAUCUCUGAAAACACAGUAUCUGCAGAGCUAUGGCCCCGAGCACCUGCUAACCUUCUCCAAUCUGCGGAGAGCUGGGCUCCUAACAGAGCAGGCCCCGGGGGACACCCUCACAGCCGUGGAGAGCAAAGUGAGCAAGCUGGUGACAGACAAGGCUGCAGGAAAGAUCACGGAUGCCUUUAGUUCCCUGGCCAGGAGGAACAAUUUCCGUGCCAUCAGCAAGAAGCUGCAUUUGAUCCCACGUGUGGAUGGCGAGUAUGAUCUGAAAGUGCCACGGGACAUGGCGUAUGUCUUCAGUGGUGCUUACGUGCCCCUGAGCUGCCGAAUCAUGGAGCAGGUGCUGGAGCGGCGAAGCUGGCAGGGCCUGGAUGAAGUGCUGCGGCUGCUCAACUGCAGUGAGCUGGCAUUCACAGAUAUGACCAAGGAUGACAAGGCUUCCAGUGAGUCCCUGCGCCUCAUCUUGGUGGUGUUCUUGGGUGGCUGCACGUUUUCUGAGAUCUCAGCCCUCCGGUUCCUGGGCAGAGAGAAAGGGUACAGGUUCAUUUUUCUGACAACAGCCGUCACAAACAGUGCGCGCCUUUUGGAGGCCAUGAGUGAGGUAAAAGCCUGAUGUCUUCCCUGCCAGUGUGGAGUCUUUCCAGGACACGUUCCCCAGGGGCAUGCAGGAGUUUUGACUCCCAGCUGCUAACAAAGUGUCCACUAACUUCUCUACCAAGAGCUGCGGAGCACAGAACUUAUCUGGGAUUUAGAGAGCAUAUCUGAGGAAAGAGUUCACCUCUGCCCUGGUGAUACUCUCUUUUUUGUUUACAAAGUACAGCCCAGGUUGAUAAGAUAACGAGGAAGAGGUAUGUUUUGCUAAAUCCUGUCUGUGUAUCAUUAUAAAUAAAGCCAUACUCUCAGUAUGUUUAAUUCUG